CUCCUGACUGCUUGCGCUGUUGCAAUAAUGAGUUUCAUCGCAAAUGGUAAGAGCUAAAUUAUCCACUUUUGACUGGGCGAGCCGUCUAGGAAAGAUUCCGCUUUUCCUGGCAGUCGCGCAAGCCGCCUAUGCAGCGCCGCGUUGUCGAUACAGAAAUGGGGGGACUGCCUAGAUUUUUGCGGUGAAUUGUCUCCUGACUUAGAUUUCCGCGAGUUUCGUCUCUCCAUUAUAAAUUGGCGGUGCAACUUUCCUCUCUACGAAACAGGGGCGGACUGAACGGCCCCGCGAGUCUGCUGGCACGUGGCUCGGAGAACCGGAGCGACAAGCCCACAUGUUUCUUGCGCGGCAAGUAGCCACGUUCCUUCACACGCCAGGCUCAACAGCCAGUAAAUAUUUGAGACACUGUUCUUUCGAAGCCGCGGAAUUUAGCGCUGCGUAGAGUGCUUUAGUGUUUUGAACAUUCUUCCCUGCUGAGAGCGGCGUCCUGGCACAACGGAGAAACUGCGUGCCACUUUCUCCAGCGAGAUCCUGAGCGUGUGCUCAGGUGUGCAUCCUGGAGAGGUAUCCUGAAUGUUCUACGCGCCUCUUUCCUCCGUCUGGUGCUUCAUCUCAGUUCCGUCCCGCGCGGUUCGAAACAUGAACAUAUUCUGUCUUUUUUGUGCCAGCCCUGCUCGCGUUACACCGCGAAGAGGGUUCAACAGCGACCUGCAGCCCCAGCAGAAGCCAGCGGCUCUGGCAUAGACUCUGGGGUUCGACCUUCAGGACUUCUCUUUGAGACCAAGCCGUCCCGUCUUCCGCGUCGCUCUCUUUUUCACGAACACGGCGGUAAACUGCCCCGCGCCUUCCGCUUUUUUCUGCGUUAACCGGGUCUUCCGCGGACUUCGAGGAACGCCGGUCCCUGCGCUAGCCGCUUCUAGCACUGCGACUCUGUGGAGACAUCGGUUUUCGUGUUGUUCCCUGUUGGCUGUUUCGAGCAAUGGAGUACGAAGAGUCGAGCACUCGUGAGGGUUCAGAAACCCACGAAACGACUCCUUAUGGUUCGAAAGGCGCACGGCGGUCCGCCGAGUUGCCCGAGUGCUGCCUGGCGAACCUUGUAGUCGACGCGUUGUUUCCAGAUGAAGAUCCGGCAGAAAGAGCGCGACCUGAAACCGCGAAAGUGGCGCAGGAACCCCCGCAUGGCGCGUGUCUGGCGUUGUCAGACAGAGGGACACAGGCUGAACUCGACGGCACCCGGUGGGAGUGCCGCGUCGUGACACCUCUCGUCGCGGUCUCUGUGGACUGUCUCUCUGCCGAGGGAUGCGGCGUAGUGGUCUGCGAACAGCCAUUCUCGUUCUUGGACUACUUUGGCUGCUGCAAGGUAGAGUACCCGCCGCGGUACGGCACCUUCGACGGAGAACUGAUUUCCGCCGGACGCUAUGCCAGCCAGAUGCUCCAGGAUGCAGAGUCUGCGCGACAAAGGAAGAGUCCGCACACAGUCAGGAGCGACAGGGUCGAGGGAGACGCCCUCUUUUCCGCCAAAAAGGAACCAGAAGUCUUCGAGCUCGUCCGGCCCGAACCCGGCAAAGACAACCGCGAUAAAACCGCAAUUCCCGUGAAAAUCUUCGUGGGCACCUGGAACACGGAGUACCAGGAGUUCGAGAACCACGGCCCAAAGUCGGAGGAGCGCUUCUGCAAGACGGCGAAGUGGCUGGUGGACUGCAAACUGAAGAAGGAAGGAGUUCGGAAGAUCUCCAAAGAGGAAAGUUUCUACUCGGGGAACUCGAACUCUCUCCGCGACAACAGCGACGUCAGCUGCGAGAUGUACGACUCCGUGACGCUACACGUGACCGGAGAAGAGAGCGACAACGACGACGUGAUGACCACCGUCGGCGAGGGGGAAGAAGAAGAGGAAGAGGGCGGCGAUACGAAACAAAACACCAAGCAUCUUUUGAAAUUCAGCAUGGAAGGACACCCCCUCAGGGACUGGAUCAAGGGCGGCUACGACGUCUACGUCGUCACGCUGCAAGAAGUCACAAAUGACAGCAUUUUCCAAGCAAUUUCGGAGUACCUCGAGAGCGAAAACGGAGAAACGUUUUUCAGAGUCGACAUGGGAGAAGGAAAAAUCUCCGGUCUGGGCAAAGGCGCGUGGACCAAAAUGAAGUCAACCUCGCUUGCUUGUUGGAUCCGGGAGUCCAAGCUCUGGCCCUUGGGUCCUGUCAUCCCCGUCGACUCGAAGGCCUUCUCCUUCACUGUUUUAAACGGGAGCAAGGGUGCAGUGACAGUCACGCUGAAAGUCCAUAAGCAGCUGGUGUGCUUCGUCGGGUGUCACUUGCCGGCUUCUGCAAAGGAACGGGGAAAGGCUCGGGCAUUCAUUCGAGCGAAACUCGCAGCGAUGUACAGCUCCGAGAAGAACGUGGACUUCACGCGUGUCUUCCACCACAUUCUGUGGGCAGGAGACUUCAAUUUCCGAUCCCAAAUCUCGUCGAAACAAGCUAUGGCACUGCUGCGAGCAGGAAAGAUGCACGAGCUCGCGACGUUCGACGAAGGAGCGUUGGAGUCAGGGAAAGACAUGGAAAUGCACGGAUGGAUGGAGGCGCCAGUCAACUUUCUCCCGACGUACAAGAAAGCCGACAACCGACCGCCGCUAGACUUGUCGCGACCGGACUGGGUGGACCAAGAAUACCAAUCCACCAUGAAGAAGAAGGGUGUCCUCGGCACCAAGGUCGUAGACCGUCCUCCCUCCUGGUGCGACCGCAUAUUUCGCUGGUCCCCGCAAGAACUCCACUACAACCUCAUCGCACCACCGGACCAGUAUUUCGCAGCGCAGCCAGAGUUCCCGAAUAUUCUCAUGGCGAGUGACCACGCACCGGUGGGGGGCGGCUUCGAGCUCUAUCCGCUGGACAAGAGAUUUCAGGUUCCUCUGACCUUCAUGGCGGAUCCGUCGGAGGCGCUGGAAGCAGGCGACAUGCGAUACGGCGCCCGCAAUUCGCUGAUUGCAGACUGCGGUGGAAGACCGGAUCACCUGAAGAUGAAGAGCACGGUGUAAACGUUUUCAGCAUUUGGAUACCGCAGUCUGGCUUGUGGUUGCAGGUUUCAAGGGAUACACUUCCUGCAGGUCGAGAGUUCUUCCCUGUAUAGACCCCCUUUUGUCUCCGCUGUGAGAGUUUGCGUGCGAGAAACAAGGAGUCUCUGCCGCUCCUUGUUUCUCUGAUUUUUAACUUCAGCGUGGAUCCAAAACGAAGCGGGUUUCCUCACAGUGAACCGCUGAGACUGUCAGCGUCUUUUACGCUACCGCAGGAGUUCUGGGUGACUGUGGCCCCGUUCCGAGAUUCGAUGGGAGGUGGAUCACAGACGGCGAACGUUUGAUCGACGACUCAAAAAGCAGUCAGAGUGUGUCGCGUCUUCAGGUGACUAAGCGCGUUUUUUUCUUCUUCGUGUACCGACGCUUAUUCCCCUCUCGGAAAAAAGCUGCGCGCGCACCCGGUCUGCCGCCUCGGUCGUUUUUCGGGGGGUCUCAGCGGGGAUGCCGCGCCGCGUCUUGUUUCUUCAGCUACAUCGAAGUCAGUGGGGACUUUCUUCGCGUAAGUUCUAUCCAGAUGCAUGCACAGGUAGGAAGAGUAACAUUUGCUUCUCAACCGUUCAGCAAACCAGAUUCUUCACAAGGUGGGGAACCUGUAUCUGUUCACAUGAGGUACGCUGGGAGUGUCUCCGAACUGAUCUGCGAGCCGUCGCGAGUCCGAUCCCGAAUUUGCGUCACGAAAUAGUGAUUUUUUUUUCUUCGUCAGUGAACAACGAGAAGCGCGCUCUGGCGCUCGGGGAAAAUCAAAGGUGUCUUCAGGUUUGAAGAAGUCCUGCUGUUCGAGAGCUCAGAGAGCGGCCAGCUCUCGCGGUUGUCCGCGUGCCGCGCAUUCACGCAGAGUUCGGAGACGAAAAACGAGGGGGCAAGACGCCGAGUUGUCUGUGGCGCCCUCAAAGGACGCGCUCGCGCCGUACUUGUCCAUCUCUUGCCACGAAAGAGCGACUCUUUUGCGUCUCGUACUCCGGAAUCGCGCAUUCGCAAUACGGAGAGAGUCUCUGCGUCCGCCUCCCCGUCGGAUGGACACCGGAAACGUCCUUCGCGACUUGUGACUCUUGCGGGGAAUCGGCCAGACUGUUUUUCGGAGACGAAAACAGCUUUCUCGGCAUGCAGAGCGAACAAAGCGUUGUUUCAAAGUAUUUUUCUGCCGCCUACGCGGGGAGGCACCCUUCAUGCGGAGUAUCGCACGCGUCGCCUCUGUCUCAACGUUGAAAACAUGCGAGCCGCUUCGAAAAACCUCUUCACUUCUCGAAUUAACCACAAUGAAUCCUCG